CGGAAGCCGAGAGCCGGAAGGAGCGCUGUGAGGACGUGUUCGGAGGAAGCUGGAGCCGGACCCUGCAGGGCCCGCGACAUGGAACAGCUGUACCAGCAAACUCACAAGCAGGUCCACCAGAUCCAGUCUCACAUGGGACGCCUGGAGUCAGCAGACAAGCAGUCUGUGCACUUAGUGGAAAAUGAAAUCCAAGCAAGCAUAGACCGGAUAUUCAGCCAGCUAGAACGCCUGGAGAUUCUGUCCAGCAAGGAGCCCCCCAACAAAAGACCAAACGCCAAGCUUCGUGUUGACCAGUUAAAAUAUGAUGUCCAGCAUCUGCAGAGUGCUCUCACAAACUUCCAGCAUCGGCGACACGCAAGGGAGCAGCAGGAGAGGCAGCGAGAGGAGCUUCUGUCUCGCACCUUCACCGCCAACGACUCUGACACUGCCAUCCCAAUGGACGAAUCACUGCAGUUUAACUCCUCCCUCCAGAAAAUUCACCACGGCAUGGAUGACCUCAUUGGAGGCGGGCACAGUAUUCUGGAGGGACUGAGGGCCCAGAGAAUGACCUUGAAGGGGACUCAGAAGAGGAUCCUUGACAUUGCCAACAUGCUGGGCUUGUCCAACACAGUGAUGCGACUCAUCGAGAAGCGGGCUUUCCAGGACAAGUACUUAAUGGUCGGUGGGAUGCUGCUCACCUGUGUGGUCAUGUUCCUCGUGGUGCAGUACUUGACAUGAGCCAGCUGAGCCUGGCAGCUGCACAGCGUUCCCACUGUGUGUGUGUGUGUGUGUGUGUGAGAGAGAGAGAGAGAGAACAUGUGCUCGCGAGGGAGGUUGGGGGGCCCAGAGGCCACAUUUCAAAAUGUACGUUCAUCUUAACUGUGAAAACCACUGAGAAGUCAUUGCGGACUGUAACCUAGUGAGAAUUUCAAGCCUGCUCUGUUUUCCGAGGCAUCUUGGAGGGGAAGCUGGUGCUGCCAAGCUCGGGAUGCGUAGGAAGAGAAAGAAGCACCUGUUCUCUCAACGCUCGCCCUCCCUGGGAGAGGAAGUGACGGAAGAGCAAGGGAUGAAGCAGGACGGAAAAGAGUGGUUUUGGUGGUUUUGUCCACGUGGCCGGUGCGCACCCCUGGACGGCUUUCGUGGUGACCCUUGUGCACAGGACUGUCCACACUUCGUUAUCAUCCAGCCUUUCUGGCUCCUGAUGGAUAGGCUAAAGCAGAAGCGAAAAGGAGGGGAAGGAAGUCUUCCUUUCCUGUGUCCAUUGUAGUAAGUGGACUCCGAUGCUCUUGCUACUGGCCACCCCCCCAGCCCCUCAUGGCAAGCAGAUGACUGAUCGCCCACACUCGUCGCCCUUCCCCAGAAGCAGCUACUUAGAGGAAACAGGCGUUGCUGCUGCUGCUGCUGCUGGCGAGCAACAGUUUCCACGUUACAGCCGUUGGGUGUUCCUUCUUUCCAAAGUAAGGCCACCGUUACUUUCUGGGUGUGUUCAGGCUUGAGACUAAAAACCUUAGUUACCAUUUUUUUUGGUUUUUUGGUAGUUAUUAGAAUGGUUGGCUUUUAAAGUUCCAAGACUGUAGCCUGGCACCCAUGCCCAGGGUUUGUUGGGCGUUUGCCCCUUAGUACUGUGAGCAAAGGAAAGUGAUCUGUCAAUUUAGUCUCAUUUCCAGUUUUAGCAUCUCUGAUGCUUUGGCUUUCUUCCCUUCCCUUGAAAUCCAUUAGCAGCUGCCAGCCAAGCCCUGAUUGUGCCCAGCCAGUGUGGGCAAAUGCCACGCUAAAACCGUCUCUGGUGUCCUUGUGAGACUGUCAUUCCAGGGCCCAGGACCCUCUUUCUUCUCUGACCAACCCUGGAUUAAGACUGUGCACCACCUGGUGUAUUGUGGAAUUCGUGGUAAAGCUAGUCUCUAUUUUGAUUAAUUGCUGAAAGUACCAGAAAGCUCUAUGCUCAGUAGCCUUAUGGCAAGACAUAAAAUAGCACUCAGAAUGUCCCAGAAAAACUGGAAACCUGGUCAGUAUUACCCCACCUUUGUCUUGCUCCACCAACCGUCUUUAUUUCUUGUCUUUUGGACUACCUUCUGUCAUCUCUCCCUUUUCUGUGUGUUCCAUUCCAGCUGCCUCACUCACCUCCCAUCUGUUUCUGUGGCAGUAUUGGUCUCUUCAGCCACAUCUGUGACGUAGAUCCCCUUUUGGUAAAUGUUUCUUACUAGUUCUGCAUUUCCUGGGUACUGAUUUCAUACUUUUUUUGGUGGACUCUCUGUUGCUCUGGGCCCUGGGUUUCUGAGGAAAGGGGAAUGUGUGACCCCUUCCGAAAAGGUCUGAGUACCCUGACAGAAUGAAAAUAGUGGGGGGGGGGGGUUGAGGCAUCGUCAGACCCAGAUCUAACUUUAGGGAGGUGCAGUUCGAAAUUUCCCUCCAUGCCCACCACCCCUGCCAUCCUGGGGACCUGGCACGGAGCUUUUAGCAGUCUGUAAAAUGGGGUUUUAAACUGCACAGACCUGGCUGUCCUAUCCCCUUGAAGAUCUUGCCAGACCAUGUGUGCUUUGGAGGAAGGUGUACAAGGAGCAGCUAAGUCAGUUGGACUUGAACUCUGGGAAACCAAAACUCCCUCCGCUCUCUUUUGUUCUGAUGUGACAUCCAUCCAUUUGUGGUCACACCACUGUCUUUCCUCAUUUUAUAGUGAUCGUUGGCCUUGAUGAACCAGGAGUAAGGCCUUCCCCCUCCUUCAGAGCCACUCUCCUUCCUUUGUAAUAAAAAUUGUGGGGGCAUUUUUGUGGCUCUUUGCCAUCCUGGGCUAGGAAACAGCAGCCAUGGUGUGUCUGUGAGAAACCCACUUUGUCCUAACUGGGUGCUCUGUCUCCACAGUCCCAGUGUAGGGAACAGUCCUGGGCCAGGGAAGGAGCGCCUUCUAGUGGAGCUGGGGUGAAUUAUCACAUUGAGCUGGUACAAGGAUCUCUAGUUGGCAGCGUCUGUGACCUUGUGCAGCCUGUUGGUACAGGUUUGCCUUUUGAGGCUUGAGAUGAGUGGGUUGUCAAGGAACUUGGGAGUAUCUUCUUUCUGUGGAAUAUACUUGUGUGACCACCUUAAGAAACACCAGUCUUGAAGACCAAGUAAGUAAGAGAGUCUUGAUUUGUAUAGGCUUCAUUUCCGGGUUUUUCCCUGAGUCUUUUGCCCUGGUGACUUAAAUGGGUUUGAUUUGCAAAUUUGGACUUGAACCCAUUGUUUUGGAAGCAUACCAGUUGAAUAAAGUUGAGAUUUAUUUUAUUUAGAA